CGGCUUCUUCGACAGUCGAUAAAACUGUCAUACUGAUAAGAAUGCGCACGAGUGUAUGAAACUCGACUUAUCAUUGUGUUGAAGACCUUUGUGCUUACAGUACGUGGUACUUAGCAUGUUGAAAUGAGUGCAAAAAGUAGGAAAUUGCUGCAAGUGAUAUCUGGGUGGGAGGCGGUCGAGUUAGUGUUUAGAUGCAUACUUGUAGGCAUAUGGCAAAUCAUACAGAUCAUAGUGAAAAGAAUGUGGAAAGGGCACCGGAGAAAACUAACCAAGAAUUUCCCACCGGUUGAACUUUCAGUGGAUUCGUCGAUAGGGACGCACUGCUAUAUCAAAAUAAUGGGGGUAAAAUAUCACUACGUAGAAAGCGGCCCCAAAAACGGCCCAGUGGUCCUCAUCCUGAGUGACGCGCCUGAAACCGAGGACCUUUGGGGCCCAACCUGGACCAGGGUGGUCAAGAGGCUGACAGAGAACGGUCACCAUGUGGUUACCCUGGACCUCCGAGGCACGGGAGGCAGUGAGGGAGGCAGCCGCAGUGACCUGUCCCCACCUAGAGCUGUGGAGGAGGUGUCAACAUUGAUGGAUGCCCUCGGCGUCACAGAAGACAGGCCUGCCAUUUUGAUCGGGUUUGGAGUUGGGGGAAUGCUCACUUGGUACUUGGCGCACUGCUACGGGCCGCUGAUCAGCAAGUUUGCGGUGGUCGGCGCACCGCACCCGAAUCUCUACUGGCAGUACCCGCCCGCUGCGUUUGCGCAGCAAGCGCUGCACUUUAUACAGUGGCCCCACUUCCCUGAGAGGUGGCUGGCUGAGGGCGAGUUCCAGGGCGGGGAAGAGGGACGCUGGACCAGCUCCCGCGCCUGCGACUGGACUGGCGCGCUCAACUACGUCAGAGGAGCAGCGUGGUGGCGCAUCAAGGAAGGCCACCGCAUCGACCCGCCUGGUUUACUUGUGGGAGCCCGCGACAGCGCUGCGCAGCUCGUGUCCAGUGCUCACUACUGCAGCAGUUCUACCCUAAGGCUGGUGUCCAAGCCAGACCCGUCUGAUAUCGAGCUGCCGGCUGCUAUGCUGGACUUCCUGAUCGCUACACCCAAAGAAAGGCCGAUAGAAGAGGUAACCUCCCGAGGUCUGGUGGGUCGAAUGCUUGGAGCAGUUGCCGGUCGUGGAAGAGAGCUAACUGCUAAGCUCGUUCUACCAGCGCAAGCGUAGUUGUUACGUCAUGCGCAAUCGUGGUAACUUCUUACAUUUUAUAUCGGUUCCAAGGUUGUUUAUUGUCUCUAGAACUAUUGAUCAGAAAGAAAGAAAACAUGUUUGUUGGGCCCCAC